CCGGAAGCGGUUUUGCACCAAAUUCAAAGUGCAGUUGCUGUGUGUUUUCUGGUGGAUGUGAUGUUUGGCCCAAAAUGGUGUUUAAUUAGCUCUUAUACAUGAAUACUAAUGAUGAGUGAAAGAGAAGGAAAGCGUGCACGUCGACGGAGGUCAAUCCGGCUCCAUCGUCAGUCCUCUGUUCCCCUUCUCCCUCUACCUCCCACCAACUGCGAGGACACAGAGCGUCCAGAGGGGGGGGCCCCAGACGGCAUCGACAUCACCUGUAUGAAUGUGUCUGUGUUCAGUGCAUCACAAACUGCACAGGAAGAUGAUGGGGGAAGCUUCUGGAUAGAGGUUAAUGAAGAUACAAGGCGGACCAGAAAAUCGAGAAGAUCCAACAUUGGGUUUCAUGUGAUCAAGGAUGUGCGUGACUCUUAUGAUGCUGCUGAAUCUACUGGUGCUGCAAGUGCACCAGUUUUGUUUGACAGCUCAGAAAGUAGGGCAAACAUGGUGGGUCAAAGUCAGUGUGACAGCCCAGAUAUAGAGAUACCCAGACUGCCGUGUGCCGAGGAGUCACCUAACUUCAUAACACCAACCAUGUAUCACACGUUAACUGAAGAUAGGAUUCUGGGGAGAUCAGCAACUAAAACUCCUGUAUUGAGUUCUCAUGGUUACAAGGCUUUACCAUGUGUCCGGACUCCAUCUCAAGAAUUAUUUGACGGAUUUGACGAUGCAUUUAUGCUUGGCACACCAGUCAGUGGCCAGGAAGUUGACCAGGGUUGUCCCCCUUCCUGUGAAGAUGAUAGCGAGGACAGUUUGCUCAUUGGUACGCCUGAUCUUGCAAAGUUUCAGAAAAAUAUUCGCUUCAGGUGCUCUCUGGACUUCUCAGAGCUUGACCGUACACCAGUGAAAGGGGAAGAUGUUUCUGCAGAUGUCUCCCAAGAUUCAGUUCAUGAGUCGCCCCUUGUGGGUUUUGUGUAUGACAAACUGUCUGCCUCAGAUUUAGUGAGGAGAAAAAGAGCCAAGUCACAUCGCUAUAGCAACGAGAACACCAAAAGUGAUUACUCUCAGGACCGAAGACUGAAAAAUGGUACUCCAAGGCGUAUUGUUGACGACAUCAGCAAUAACACAGAUGAUCAAGAUGGUCGAGAAGUCAUCUUUAGCAGUCCUGCAGUUGACCCAGGGACUACUAAGAGAACUUUAAUGUCCGUGGGACAUGUAAAUGUUUCGAUGCGGAGCAACAGGUCGACCUCCACCACCUCCUCCUACACCAGCUGUGUGGAGGACAAUCUCAGUCAGCCCAGCACUCACUCCUUUCUCCUGGACUCACCAGCGUAUGCUUCCCCUUCAGACAAAGGUAUGGUAGAUUCACCCAACACUCCUGCUCCUUUGUUUGAAGAGUCAAGUGAAGACACUAAGUCAACACCCAAAACACACAGAACCCUAGAUACACAAGUUGCAACACCUGUGACACACAGAGACCCAGAUAAACAAGUUGCGGUUAUCCCUGAAUGUUCUGAUACAAGAGAUCCAUUUACACCAAGCCCCAUUCCAGUCAGUACUGACUGUAUGGAGAGUGAACCCAUUGUCAGGGUAUCGGAGACUGGGGGAGAUUCAAAAAGCAACUCAAACACGGCUGCUGAGGAGGGGGAAAUGGAACAAAUGUCGUCCACUCACCCUGAACCUAAAGGCAAGGAGCGAAGCAUUACUUCUGAAGUGUGUGACUUGUUCCGUAAUCUGGCAAAGAAAUUUUCAAGCAGUGGAAAGAAGGGGAAGAAAUCAACUAGCUUGAAGAAGCCCAAGAACCGGGGAAGGUGGAGGAAGAGAGAAGAUGCUGGCACAUCAGGUUCUUCCGCUGAUGUCGUGUCUGGUUCUGCUGAAGAGUCUGUAUGGUUCAGUUUCAGGAAGGGGCUCUCAGAGCAGCCUACUCCGAAUGUGGAAAAACACCCAGCUGAAGGUGUAUCAAAACAGUCUCUAGACUUCAGUCCAUUCCUUGCCUCUGGCCAGAACAGCGCCAGUCCUGAUGAGCGAGCUGAGCCACAAUCGCCAGUCUGGAAAGUCCAGAGUAGUAUCUCUAGUAGUGAUGUAGUUGUUUGUGAAAAUUCAGCCUGUGUGAAUUCACCGCUCCUUAAAGAAACAAUCCUUCUGGAAAAAUGUGUUAAUGUUGAGAGUUGUGAAGCAGUGGUUGAUGAACCAGCUCAAAAAAGGCGGGGAAGGUCAAAGCGGAGAUCAAUAGAAACGACUGUUCUUCAAGAAUGUGAAAACUUAAGUGUAAGCGAGCCAGAACCAAAUAAAGAGGAAGUUGAAGAAACGUCUUCACUUCGAAGGAGCAGGCGAUCCCGCAGGAGUUCCCUGGAGAUUUUCCGCUACCAGUCACACACUCCUGAUGAUAUUGUUGUAGAAGAUCCUCCAUGCACAAGCAGUCCAGAAGAAGCUUCUCCUGAAGUACAGCCCAAGAAGACAAGGAGUCGCAGAAAAGCAGCAGCAGCUUUGGAGGAAAACCUGGAAGAUCUGUACAGAAACAAGAACUAUAAAGCCCCAGGGGAACGCAUGUGGGAGACAUUGUUUGAGUCUCCAGAUAAGUCCAAGAAGCCAGAGCUAAUCAUGAGCAGGCGCAAGUAUCGGAGGUCCCUUGCUUUCGAAGUUGUCCCCCCUUCCAAGAUAAAACGCCGCCUUCAGAGGGCCAUGUCUCAGGGCUGGGACGUUACGGGGAGGAAAAGGAAGAUCGUUCAGCUGGAGGAAGUGAAGAUGAAGAUUGCUGCACUUAGUGCAGAGAUAGAAACAGAUCACGAAAUGAUCACCAUGUAAACAAGUAAAUAACAUUUUAUUUUUUCAUGCAUUGUCAGUAAUUUAGUCUUUUAAUAGAGAAUAUGCAUAAAAAUACUU